AUUUAACCCAAUGCUUGUUCGGAUGAAGAGAGACGCCAAACCAACCGAAGGGAAAACAGAGGGAGAAGAGAAGAAAGAAAAUUGCCCUGCAUAUGAACCUUUUCUUUCUCUCUCCAAAAUCAAAAUUGAAUUGGGUGCAAACAAAAACAUGCAGACUCAAUUGCAUACUCUUUUGCUUCAUCAAUCUGCCCAAUCAGGUUUAUUGGGCUACGCUUUUUAGCCGUGUACAAGUCAAAAACUAACAAAGAGAUAGAAUCCCCUCCCCGGAAACUCACACCAUGGAAGAAUCAAAUGAACUGCAUUCUGAGGAGAAUAAAAAUUCCCAAGACAAUAAUAAGAAAAGAAAGCUCAAGACACCGGCCCAACUUAUGGCUUUGGAGAAAUUUUAUAAUGAGCAUAAAUAUCCUACGGAGGAAAUGAAAUCACAACUUGCAGAGCACUUAAGAUUGUCAGAAAAGCAGAUAUCUGGAUGGUUUUGCCACAGAAGGUUAAAAGACAAAAGAUUGUCAAGAGAUGAAACACAAGCUAAUGGACGGCAAGAUCGUUCAAGUGUUGUUAUUCAGGAUCGAGCUAGUGGACUUGGGCAGGACUCUUGUGGCAGUACUAAACAUGGAGAGCAUAGGUUUGUUGAUCCAAGGGAAGUUGAAAGUCGAAGGCUUUCUGGGCAUGAUUUCACAUCUGCAGAUAUCACCCGCGAGUAUAGGAGUCACUAUACAGAAAGAGUUGGUGACAUGGAUAAUACAUCUUCAGAAAGUAGCUCGUCUUUACAAGAUAGGCUCUUAACUCGAAAGGAGGAUCCGUAUGAUGUGGAAACUUCUAGAUAUCUAACACAUACCAAGGGCAUGGAAAACAUGGGAUAUAAGCCCUCGGGGUUUAUGAAAGUGAAAGGUGAAGCAGAAAAUGCUGCUAUUACAGCUGUUAAGAGGCAACUCGGGAGGCAGUAUUGGGAGGAUGGUCCUCUAUUAGGUGUAGAAUUUGAUUUGCUUCCUCGUGGUGCAUUUGAAUCCCCGAUUAUUGGUUCUGGCCAUGAACCAUCCACUAUUGGGAAUACUGUCCUCCGUUCUCCUGACAUUUCUGGAGUGAAAGGGCAACUAAGUCCAAGCACUAGAUAUGAAGUAUACAACUCCAGGUUGAAUUCCCAGCAGGAAAAUCCUAGCAUCAUGCAUGGGUUUGAUCUUCAGGAGAAGAAAUCGAGCAAGCAAUUGAGACAAAAGUUGACUUAUCACAACGAUACCAAUUCUUCCCCUGGAAAAAAUUCCUCCUUGGAUAUUUAUGAUAAACCUUCUGGAGGGAUUUCUGCUUAUAAUAGCAAUAAGAAAGAUAGAAUGAGAUCUAAGGGUAACUAUGGUAGGAAAUUUACUAGUGAACAAACAGAGCCUUGCUUAGAUGAGUACAAUAAAUUUAUGAGCCCCAAGAUUGUCCAAAGGAAUGAGUACUUGAAGUCAAGGCCUUCAAGUUCUAUGGAGGAGAAGUUUGACGGAGAAUGUAAGGCCAUGAAAGGCUAUCACAAUCCAUUUAGAAGAAUGAAUUCUACAGAUGAAAUGGCGGUUACAAAACAAGCCAGAGUUAAUUUCCCUCAACGAGACUAUGGAACAAAUUCAUUUGCUCAAAUGCCACCUCGUAAAAAUCAGAUCAAAGAGUUAAACUGCCAUGGAGAUGCCAUCUAGCUUCAGUGAGGAUGAAACUGCAGAAACCAAUUCUUCUGUGGAUUGAGGUUCCCAUAGUUGAAGGAUGGAAAGCCAGAAGGGUUCACGAGGCCCUACGGAUGUACAGUUGAAGAGAGCUUGUAUUCCAUUUUAGCACUCGUCAUCAGCGGCAAUCUGUUUUGGCCUUCCAGGGAUCAUUUGUUAAUAUGUGUAGAAAAUAAUUUUGUGUACUGCUUUAGUUGUUAGCGGUUUGUUUCUUAGAAUAAAGCUGAUCAAACUCACAUUACUUCUUUUUGGUUGGUUAAAUGAUGGCCUUGCCUUCAGCAACUAUACUUGGCUCGCUUUACUUUACAGGAUCAAAGGGAUUGUCACUUGUUAAGUGUUUCCAGUUCAUCCAUUAUUGUGGACAAUAUGAGAGAGUUAAUACCAUUUAUUGUAAUUCUUAUAGCUUCAGAA